AUGCCCAAUAUUCCGACCAAGUACGGGCCUGAGGUCCAGAAAGUUCCCGCAGACACACCCAUAGAGAACACAUUCUACCUCCUCAAGCGUGAUGGCGAGCGGACACAGCGGGCGUCAGCCCUACUAGCCCUCAGCCCUACCCAUGCCAAGACCCAGGUAAUGAAUCCUGUCUAUCAACAGGUGUGUAGCCACUUCUUGACCACCCGAAGUUGGUUCUGGUGGGGAAAUGACAAAAAAGAGUCGGUUUCCAAACCUUACGUCCACUCAUGUACAGCCAUGAGAAUCCGGCGUGGCGGUGAAGCUCAGCCUCUGCAUCGAGAUGAUUACAUCGGCCACAACUACCACCAGGAAGUAGACGGCUGGGACGACGUGGGGGACAGGAACCGAGAGACAGCCGUCGGAUUAUUUGUGACUGGGAGUAGGGUCACCAAGGAGAAUGGCGGUACUCAUUUCAUUCCUCGAAACGUGCCGCCUCGGGUUGAGAACUGCAUCUAUGCUGAGAUGGAAAAAGGCGAUGCUUUCAUUAUGCUAGCAUCUGCCCACCAUGCUGGAGAGCGGUUGCUGUUUGCAACAUUUUCAACCCGGGGCUUCCUGCGCCAGGAGGAAAACCAGUUUCUCUCAGUUCCUCAAGAAGUUGCAAAGCAGUACGGUCGGCCUCUUCAGGAACUUAUGGGAUAUACUAUAAGCGAACCAGCUUGUGGAUACGUCGACCAGUUGGAUCCAAUCUUCGUGUUGAGGCCCGAGUUGAAGGGAGAUGGCCGACCGACGGAUUGCUGAAAACGCAUUUCGCUUUCAGGUCAGCCAGCCGUCGGAAUGAAUUUUAUUUAUCACGGCAUAGUAAGUACGUCUUGGGAGUAGAAUUGACCAUCAAACCGUAAUAUAUUCACAACGAUUUUAUACAAAGCCAAGAUGUAGACAGCGCCACUUCGUUACUGGGUGGUUAAUAUUAGCCACCGACAAUAUUCAGGGUCUAUGAAGGAAUCCGCAGUAAAUGCAAAUGAUCUAUACAGCGUAGAAUAAGAUCUACUGGACUCUU